ACAGUUUACCAUGGCAGUGAUAACGCUACCAUUUGUAGAACCUCUCGUUGUUGAACCUCCAGCUGUAAUUUCUAUCGAGGGAAAAGUGCGCAGUAAACCCCACCGUCUCAAUUUGAAUCUAACUUCCAACGAGAAAAGCAAUGCGACCAGACCUCUUCACAUCAGCAUUCGUUUCGACAAACAAGUGAUCGUCUUUAACUCGAUUAGAGACGGGAAAUGGGACGUCGAGGAAACAUUGAAAACAUUUCCAUUCAGGAGAGAUUCUGAGUUUGAGCUGAGUGUGCUUGUCACUAAGAACAUAUACGAACUUAGCGUCGACGGGAAGUUUGUUUACGCUUACAAGCAACGACAACCUCACAACUUCUCGUCUGUGAAGUUUAUAAAUUUGCAAGACACCACGAAUGAUGACAGUGCACCAGGAUUUAUUGUUAAGUCGGUCAAGUUCGAGGCAUACAGAGAAAAGCAGAAGCAGUGGUCUUAUCCUUUGCAACGGUCUAUUUCAGACACGUCUGAACAUGAUCUGUCAUUACCAACAUUGUCUUCAGCUGGAGCAGGCGCCUACACAUCAAGUGGUUCAGUCUUUCAUACUUCACCUUCGACUUAAGUUAAGGUCGCAGGAAAAAUUUCUUUCUAAUGGUGGAAAGUAGUUGUGAUUACUUUUGGCAUACAAAGUGAGGAAGUGCUUGCUUUUCGUAGUGUUGCAUGAUUAUUGAUUGUCUCAUUUUUUGUGUACGUAACUCAGAGGCUAUGUGCACCUGAGAUUUUUAGCAGUUGCAUUAAUUAAGUUUUACUACAUUAGGCAAUAUUUUUUGCUAAGUGGGACAUUUGAUUGUUAAAUAGGAUGUUUGUUUCUCUUGUGGGAGAGCGCAUAGCAAUGCAAGUGAAUGUUUUGUUAUGACAACUAAAAUGCUACAGCAGUUGGGUGCAUAACUGUC